GUUUUCAUUAAUUAACCCUAUUUAAAUUAUAUUUAAAAAUAAAUUCGAAUUUAGAUAACAACAAAAACUACCGAAAUAAUGUGAAAUUAGAAUUCCUAUAUGAUUGGGAGUAACCCCAUAUUUAACUCAGUUGUAUUUUAUGUGAUAUGCCGUAGAGAAAUUAGGGUUUUGUUUCGACGAUGAGCUGUUGUUCAAUUCUCAAACCUCAAAAAGUUGAAGAUAUUCUUAAAAACACAACAACUUUUCCUACUACAUGGAUUGAUCCUGCUUUACUAAUGUCUUACUGUUCUUCAUCUAACUAAAUGUGGAUUUUUUAACGAUGUGUUUUAUGGUUUAGAAAUAAUUCCCUCUUUGCAAGAGUUCAAAUUGGAAAAUGUAGCGGUAAGUGAAAAUAAUUUAUCUAAGUUUAUUACUACUAAGUGCCCUUAUAUUAGAGAAUUGAGUUUGGUUAACUGUCCCUGUUUACGUGAUAUAGUUAUACCUAAAUUAGAUCGUUUGAAGAAACUUUAUGUUGAGAUGAUUGAGCAUAAUUAUACUUAUAUCAACAUACAAGUUGUUGCUUCUGGUUUACAAGUGUUCCAUUUUGUUUUUCGGAGUAAUAAAAUAGUUGCUCUCGCUCACAUGGAUAUUCGUGCUUGUGAUUAAUAGAGGUUGGUUCCUCAACUUGAAAAGUCAUCUUGAGAGUUUUAGCAACUACAAUACAAUAUUGGACUUACGCAUUCGUGCACAGACAAGUUAUUUUGUGGGCAAAUUAAAUGGAAGAACUCCAACAAAACCGCUACGUCAUAUUAUUGCUUCACUUGCAUAUGUGGUAUAUGUGAAAAAGUGGAUUGUGUAAAAGGCAAGUGUGUAGAAACUGGAGAAUUUCUGGGACUUGGAUUCAAAUGUGAAUGUGAUCCUGGUUGGACACAAAUUCAACUUGGCCCUCUUACUAUUCCAGCAUGCACUCUUCCCAACUGUACACUCGAUUUUGGUUGUACGGGUCAUACACCGUCGCCACAUCCAUCUCCUCAAAGCUCACCCUUUAACAUUACCGAUCCUUGUAGUUUAAUAUGGUGUGGUGAUGGAAAAUGUGAAAUUAGUGGAAUGGGACAUUAUUGCAAAUGUAAUGAAGGCUCUUCCCAAUACAUGAAUAUGUCUAAGCUACCUUGUCUUGAUAAAUGCGUUUUUGGAGCAGAUUGCAAAGGAGUGGCAGUAGAACCCACGCCUAGCCUUCCACAUGAUGGACCAUGCAAGUUUGUGGAUUGUGCCAAAGGAAAGUGUGUAGAGACUGGAGAAUUUGCUGGACUGGGAUUCGAAUGUAUUUGUGAUCCUGGUUGGAAACAAAUUCAACUUGGCCCUAUUACUUUCCCUGCAUGCAAUGCCCCCAACUGUACGCUCCAUUUAGGUUGUGGGAGUCAAGCAGCCUUGCCACCACCUUCCUCUCUAGCACCCUUCAACAUUUUUGACCCUUGCAGUUUUGUAUGGUGUAAUAAUGGAAAAUGUGAAGUUAAUGGAACGAAACAUUACUGCCAAUGCAACGAAGGCUCCGAAAAUUUAAUGGAUGUACCUGAGCUACCUUGUUUUGAUCAAUGUGUAUUUGGAGCUGAUUGUAAAGGAGUCCAGCUGCUUGUUCCGAGUCCUCCACCCCCUCCGCCUUCGCGGGAUGGAUCCAGUGGUGUCCCUAAAGAUCCCAAUUGUUCGAUGAGUCUUCGUGCUUUCUCUGUUUUGCUGUUAUUUACCAUCUUCCAUGUUUUAAUGUAAAUGUUGAUUAUCGUAAGGAAUGUUGAUAUUUAAAGAAUGAAUAAAACACGAUUACGACAUGA